AUCACACUUCGACUUCAGCAGUCAACGAGAGCAAACAGCAGCAACAGCAGCAGCAGCAGCAGCAUCAGUCACGCCACUAACAGAUUAUACAAUGGCAGCUCUUAGAUGUACUCUCACUUUGCUAUUGGUCACCAUCAUUGUGGCAGCGAUUCUGUUGCACAGCAGCGAGGCAGCCUACAGGAAGCCGCCCUUCAAUGGCAGCAUCUUUGGCAAGCGCAAUGCUCUGGAUUAUGACAAUGCCAAGGCAAUGAGCGCCGUUUGUGAGGUGGCCAUGGAGGCGUGUCAAAGCUGGUUUCCACAGAACGAUAGCAAAUAGGAGCAAGCCCUGAGACUGAUCUUAAAGCACACUAAAGCUAAAUUAUACUGCAGCUGUCGAAUCACAAGUAGCGACUAAAUAGACUCAUGAGCCAGACAAGUUUGAAAUCAAUUACGAGUAAAAGAGCAUUGUAUAAAAUGUAUUAGUUAAGUCGUCCAUACACAUAACUUACAAUAUCUACCACAUAUAUAAAUAUAGCAUACAUACAUACUCAAUAAACUUAUCAUCAAUGAAUGCACUUCA